UCUUUCACAAACAGUAGUCCAUGUGCUGCGGUGAUGGAGACGGGAUCUGUUCCUCCUGUUACAUCUUGAUCAUAUUAGAUCAUCGUUAGAUCAUAUUUGACCUCAUAUCUGUCACAGCGACAGCACUUUUUGGAGAACUUACCCAUGUCAUCAUAGAGAAGAAACAUACAGUAACUAAAAUGACAGAGAAGAUUUCUUAGUUUGAGAUAUUUUCUGUUCUAUUACAGUCAUGUACUGAGAUCAGUAUUUGAAUAAAGAUGAUCUGUGCUGUGCACUUGACUCUGACUGACAGUAUAAGACACAUUCAGUAGUUGAACUGAUCAUUGGAGAGACAUGUCUCAUCAGAAACUGUAUUAUACAGCUGUAAACAGGUACAUUAAUGCAUAUAAAAUCAAAUUGUCGUUUGUUUUGUUGAUUCAGUGGGUUUUGCUCAUAGACGGUGUGUUUGGUGUUGAUGAAAUGAAGACGUCAGUGUCAGUGAUGGAGGGAGAUUCUCCUACUUUACGCACUGCUGUUACUGGAAUACAGAAUGACAAAUCCAAUUCAGUUAAAUGGUAUUUUAAUCUCAAUCUCAUAGCUCAAAUCAGUGGAGAUCUCAGUAAGUUCUGUACAGAUGUGAAGUGUGAUACUGGUCAGGAGAGAUUCAGAGACAGACUGAAGCUGAACAAUCAGACUGGAUCUCUCACCAUCAAGAACAUCAGUAUUACAGACUCUGGAGAUUAUCUACUGUGGACCAUCAUCAACAACACCAUUAAUGAGAAGACAUUCACUGUCACCGUCCAACCUGGUGUGUCUGGUGCUGAAAUGAAGAUAAAGUUGAUGAUUGAAGGAGAUUCUGUCACUCUACACACUAAUGAUACUGUAAAACAGGGAGAUGUUGUGAUGACGUGGUAUUUCAAUGACACUCGUAUAGCUGAAAUGAAUGAAGAUCCCAGUAAGAACUGUACAGAUGUGACGUGUGAUGAAGGUGCUGAGAGAUUCAGAGACAGACUGAAGAUUGACCAUCAGACUGGAGAUCUCACUAUCACAAACACCACAACUACAGACUCUGGACUUUAUCAACUAGAGAUCAGCAGCAGUAUCAGCAGCAGCUGCAGCGUAAAGAGCUUCAGUGUUAAUGUCAGCGUAUCAGAUAAACAAACUUCAGAUCCAGAUCUGUCUUCUAGUGAUAUAGCAGGAAUAUGUGUUGGUGUUGUUCUGGUUGUCGUUGUAACUGCUGGUGUGAUUUAUUAUCGCUGUAAGAUCUCAAGAUGAGGACAAAAUGGCAUCGAGAUGCAGCACAAUGUUCAGGAGGAUGGCGGAGAGAACGAGAUUCCUUUGAAUAUUUCAGGACAGGAGAGAGGACAGGAAAAGAGAGAGCGGAUACAACUGAAUGACUCGACAACAGUUUGGUCAUCUGAUGCAUCAUGAAGUGUCAUUAAUUAAUCGUGUGUUAUAUAAGUGGAGUGUGUGUAAGAAGGGGACAUGAUGUGGUAUUUAUAAAUAUACUGUAGGUAUCGAUCAGGAAUUCCGGCUGCUGUUCCGGUAUAACGUUGCUCUGAUGGAGGAUCAGUUUCCUCACCUCAAAUCCAAACCUCACUUACUAUUGUGAAAGUGAAAGCUGACUCGAGAUCAGUGCAGCUGAAUUUAUCUUCAAUAUGAGCCGGCACUGAGAUGACUGAUGAUCAUAAACUCAUCAGACUCAUGCCUUAAACUUGUGAAAAAGACUUUCUACUCUAGAUUUUAUCUUAACUUCCAAAUAUUCUCUUCUGCGCUGUGUUUGUCAGUGGGAACCGUAUAUGAUUAUGGCGUUUUGUUCAUUUAAAGCGGUUCAACAGUUUAAUUUUACUGCUGCUGGAAAGAUUUGGUGCUUAAUAGAAACAAAAAGCUCAUACAGACUUUCUCUAGUCUUGAGUUGAUUAAUUAUCAGAGUACUGGAAUCUGAUUCUCUGUGUAAAGAAAAGCUAUACGUAUAUAUAUAUAUAUAUAUAUAUAUAUAUAUAUAUAUAUAUAUAUAUAUAUAUAUAUAUAUAUAUUGUCUUAUUGUAUAUUUUUUGUAUAUAGUUAUAUUUUUAUGCACUUUAUUUUUAUACUAUUUUUUAUUAUUAUCUCUGUCUUGUUGUUGUAUUGUUUGUAAGUUUCUGUCAGCAAGACAAAUUGCUUGUAUGUGUGUAAGCACACUUGGCAAUAAAUCUCAUUCUGAUUCUGAUUAAAAUUGUUUAUUUUCUUGUUAAACUUGAUACACAUUUUUACCUUUAAUCAUAUGGUAAAAUCAUACUUUUUACAUCUAAAAAAACUGCAUGUAUUAUCUUGUUAAUUUUUUAGUUUUUACUGUAUUUGUUACGGUAAUUAACAAAUAGGCCAUUAGAGGUAAUGUGAAUAAGGAGACUCUGGGUUGUCUUAGACCUGAUGUUGCAAUUAAUGGAGUUAAUAUUACAGAUAGGAGAUGGAAUAAUUACUUUAUUAAGAAUUUACUAACAGAAUAUAGCCCCAUAUCUUCUAAAACAUUUUGGUCAUCGAGAUUUGAGUGCACUGAGUGGAAAUACGCAUGGUUGUUGCCUAAAAAAUAUUGUAUAAUAAGGCGAGAGAAGUACAUUUAAAAUAUUUCAUCUGGUGUAUCCUGUUAAAGCACUUUUCCGAAGAUUUUGUACUGAUUUAGAUACCAAAUGUGAUUUUUGUGGGUUGGAGAAAGAGAAUGUUGUCCAGUGCAUUUAUAGCAGAAUAUUUCGGGUCGAUUUGGAAGGCCUUCUCUGUAAAUCUUUAGGUAUGAAAGUUAAUCUUUCUGAAAAAUAUGUAUUUUUUUUUAUUUUGAUAGAUUACUACCAAAUGUGGCCUUUUAUUGUCAAUCUUUGUCCGAUUAUGGGGAAAUAUUUUAUGCAUAAACAACAAUGGGCUAAAGGAAAACCCAACUUUUUAUUAAGGUAGAAAUGAAACAUUAUAUUGAGUUACUGCUUAGUUUGAAAAAUAGUAAAGUAAAACGCACUAGAUAUCUAUGUGAAGAUUAAGUUAUUUGUAUGAUGAUCUCAUACCAGUUUUUAUUUAUUAAUUUUUUCGUUAUAUAUUUGUUCAACAAAUUGUUAUAUUUUGAUAUGCAAGUGAUUAUUGUGUUGUUUAUUGAUUAUAAUAUGACUGUUAUUAAAAAAAUAAAAGAUCAGUGUGUCCAAAGCGCUCAGUUUUCAGAUCCGGGUUUCAUGUCUGGUCACUCACCAUUUUGAUUAAUCAGAUGACUUUUAUUUUCAUUUGUUCAGAACAUCGGAUGAAAAUGAAGUUCUUCUUUUAUUUGCUCACUGUGUGUUUUUUGCUUGAUGAUGGUAAAACAUUGUUACAUUCUUCCUAUUAAUGAUAAAACAUUCACAAAGUGACACAGCUUCAUAUAAUGACCCCAAAUGUGUUCGUCUAAAUGAACAAAACGCCAUAAUCAUAUACGGUUCCCACCGACAAACACAGCGCAGAAGAGAAUAUUUGGAAGUUAAGAUAAAAUCUAGAGUAGAAAGUCUUCUUCACAAGUUUAAGGGAUGAGUCUGAUGAGUUUAUGAUCAUCAGUCAUCUCAGUGCCGGCUCAUAUUGAAGAUAAAUUCAGCUGCACUGAUCUCGAGUCAGCUUUCACUUUCAUAAUAGUA